AUGCCUAAGCUGAUGUCAACUCUAAUGUUCAGUGUCCAUCUCAGUGAUCUCCUGCUGCAGCUCCUGCUGAAGCUCUUUGACUCCCCUCACUGCAGUUUGCUGCUGGGAUCUGACCUGCUGCUUCACAUCAGAGCGUCUGUUCUGGAUGAGACGGAUCACCUCAGAGAACAUCUUCUCACUGUCCUCCACUGUUUUGUCAGCAGACUUAUCGAUGGCCUCCACCUCCUGCUGGAGCAGAUCCACAUCUUUCUGUGUGUCCUGGACUCUCUGCUGGAUUUGUUGCCGCCUCCCCUCCAGCUCUCUCUGCCUCUCAGUCCUUUCUGCUGCCGCUGA